UCCGAGAGAACAUAAAACUGUUUACUCAAACCCUGCUGACUGAUGAGGGGUGCCUGACGGAAGACGGAUGAUGAUUUCAUAUUGCCCUAUGUGUGGAAAACCAGUCUACUUUGCUGAACGGAAGCAUUCUCUAGGCAAAGACUACCAUCCCCUUUGUCUGAAGUGCUACCAUUGGAAACAGCAGCUCCAUCCUGGCCAACAUGCUGAGGUAUCUAAAGGGGAUAUUUCUCCAUCUCGUUAUGGCUGUGGAUGAUUAUGAGGAGCUUCUCAAAUAUUAUGAACUACAUGAAACUGUUGGUACAGGUGGCUUUGCCAAAGUUAAGCUAGCUCGUCAUCUACUUACUGGUGAACAAGUUGCAGUAAAAAUAAUGGACAAGCUGGCUUUGGGGGAUGACUUGCCUCGUGUAAAAACAGAAAUUGAAGCCAUGAAGAGCUUAAGUCACCAGAAUAUCUGCCGAUUGUACCAUGUGAUUGAGACGGAAAAGAAGAUGUUUAUGGUUCUAGAGGAGAACUUGCUGAUUGAUGCUGAGCAUAACCUGAAACUGAUAGAUUUUGGUCUUUGUGCAAAACCAAGGGGUGGUCUGGAUUACCAUCUAAGCACAUGCUGCGGAAGUCCAGCAUAUGCAGCGCCUGAGUUAAUUCAGGGCAAAACUUACAUUGGCUCAGAGGCAGAUAUCUGGAGCAUGGGAGUACUCUUGUAUGCUCUCCUCUGUGGAUUUCUACCAUUUGACGAUGAUAACGUCAUGGCACUCUACAAGAAAAUAGUGAGAGGAAAAUAUGACAUUCCAAAAUGGCUCUCACCUGGCAGUAUAUUACUUCUAAACCAGAUGCUGCAGGUGGACCCAAAGAAGCGGAUUACAGUUAAGCAUCUCUUAAAUCACCCAUGGCUCAUGCAUGGCUACUCCUUUGCUGUCCAGUGGCAAAGCCAAUACCCUCCUGGGCAUCUUGAUGAAGACUGCAUAACAGAACUUUCUGUAUUUCAUAAAUGUAGCAGAGAAAGGAUGGCAGGUGUCAUUUCAGAGUGGAAAUAUGAUCAAGUGUCUGCAACAUACCUUUUGCUUGAAUCCAAGAAGGCUCGCGGUAAGCCUGUUCGUCUGAGGGCUCCUUCAACGGGAGAAUGUGCUAGCCUUGCUCCAAGACAACAGAAGAUCAAGAAGACUCUGAGUUGUGAAGAGGACUCAGACAGUAAUGAAACACCAUAUGUGUUUGGAUCCAUGGAAUUUCUAGCCUCGCCAGAAGAAGCUCAGCCCGUGUUUUGCAACACGCCCCCAAUCAAGCAGCCUCAAAUGUUCUUGGAUGGUGGAGAGUUCAUACCACCUCUGCUUCCUACGCCAAGGAGAGGGACCUCAAAGAGGUAUGCCAACAAGGAAAAUGCUGCUGCUACAGCGAAGCCAGAGCCCUUGGUGCUUCUUCCUCCUAGGACGCCCACCUGGGUCACGAAUGAGAAGAAGGUCCUCACCACUCCAAACCAUGUGCUUCCAGAUGAAGAGAGAGGUCAAGCCACCAGAGAGACCCCAGUUAAGUUACCAACACCAGCAAAACGAGAAGAACUGGCAACAGGAGUGAUUAGCCCUGAGAGAAGGUGUCGCUCGGUGGAACUGGACCUGAAUCAGGCGCACGUGGGAAGCGGCCAAAAGAGAAAAGGCACCAAAAUGUUUGGGAGCCUUGAAAGAGGCUUGGAUAAAGUCAUCACAAUGCUUACGCCAAAUAAAAGGAAAGGGUCAGCGAAAGAUGGUCCGAGGAAGUUAAAGGCCCAUUACAACGUGACCACAACUAACCUCCUAAAUCCAGAUGAGCUGCUGAAGGAAAUAAUUGCUGUCCUGCCUAAAAAACGAGUGGAUUAUGUACAGAAAGGCUAUAAACUGAAAUGUCAAACACAGUCAGAUUUUGGCAAAGUGACAAUGCAGUUUGAGCUGGAGGUUUGCCAGCUGAGCAAGCCUGAAGUUGUGGGCAUCAGGAGGCAGCGGCUGAAGGGUGAUGCUUGGGUCUAUAAAAGGCUGGUGGAAGACAUCCUGUCGACCUGCAAGUUAUAAUGCUCCGCCCUUUGUGGGGAUAUGGACAGUUCUACUUUAACCUAGGCACGUUCAUUUUAGUUGUUGGAAAGUACAUAUUUAACCUGUCCCAAGGACUAGUAUUCUUUGUUUUUAAACAGAAGUUCCUUUGUGAAUAAAUGUGACCUAUCAUGUCA